AUGCUUUUUUUCAUUACUCAAUUGAUGCUGCUUGCUUUACUCGUGGUUGCAACUUACCACGAGACAGAAAAUGUGCGUGUUUUCAAGGACUGGGCAACACCACCGCUUAAUCUGGUUUGUACUGUUAAACAACUUUACUGUGACACUACCACAAACAAGAAAGACUGUGGACGUCUCACUUUCAAUUCUGCUUUUGUUGUUUCAGAUCCCCGGAAAAACGAGGAUGGUACUUUCAAUGUUGUUAUGAGGUAUGAGGCAGACCAUUCUGAUAAGUUGUACGAGUAUUUUGCUGAAAAUGUGGCUCUGAUUUCGGUUGCCGGAACAGGCUCUGAGGAUGUUUACAUUUAUCGUAAGGACAGAUUCAAAGGAAUUGAGAGUCCUUUCAGAUGGUCCAAGCAAAUUCAAGUCAAACCGCAAAUUAGACAAGGUAAAUGCUGUCUUCCAGAUACUGUCCUGAUUGGUUACACUUUUGCAAAUUAUGGACCAGGCUGGAGCGCUUUAAAUUGCAAGUUUGGAAAGAGUUGCGUAUACAGAAUGAAACCCAACUUCAAGUUUGUAGAAACGUGUGAUGCUGAGUCUUUUUUCAAUAAGCAAUGGUCAAAGUUCAAGAGGGACGAUGAGUUGGCUGAUUUGGAAAAGAGAACAAACAAGUAUGAGAGUUUAUUGCAUUUGUGCACAAGUAAGACUUACAAAAUUAGGCAAAUGUGUUGGGAUUGUGACUGUCCACCUUCGCCAACUACUGUCACAGUAACCCCAAGCUCGGCUGCAAGGCAAUCCUCUGAGAAGCCAUCAAUCGCAACAUGCUCAUCUGCGGUACCUGUUAUGCCAACUCCUAUUACGAUUACCACUACACAAGUGACUACUAUCUAUACCCUUGGCACCACGAUAGUUUCGACUUACUGUCCUUCGACUGUAAUUUACCCUUCAACAACAUCGUCAAUACUUGAGUCCUCAUCUUCAACUGCCGCCGUGUUAUCGUCAACUCCUGUUGUGUCGUCUUUUACUGCUGUUUCUUUGUCAACUGCAAUCGUGUCAUCAUCAGCUAUCGUGUCAUCAUCAGCUAUCGUGUCAUCAUCAGCUAUCGUGUCAUCAUCAACUCCUGUUGCAUCAUCGUCAGCUGCUAUCGUGUCAUCGUCAACUUCUAUUGUAUCACAAGAAUCCACUUCUGCUGUAGUUGUCUCAACUUCACUGAAAGCCACGUCAAUAACACCCCCUACAUCCUCACCAGCAUCUCCUAGCUCAUCAUCAGGUGCUUUUUCGGUCUCAGAAGCCAUCAUGUCAACUACGAGCUCUCAAAAGUCAAUUGUCCCAACGAACCCUUCCUUGGUAUCUCCUUCCCAAAGUUCCUUGUCGGCAUCAUCACGUCAAACUUCAGCAGUUAUAUCUAGUUUACAAUUUGAGUCAUCCGACAUUGAUGUUGGUACCACAGGUAGUAUAUAUUUGAGUUCCCAAAGUGCAGGUUUUGAAGCUACAUCAGUCGGAACUACUACACGUUCUGGUGCUGCGAUUGAUGCUACAGAAUCGGGUGCUACAGGUGCAAGUGCAGCAUCUAGUGAAGCUACAAGUUCAGGUGCUACAGAAAUUGGCUCUGGAUCUAGUUCCGCGACAGGUACAAAUGCUACAGAAUUUAGUACUGGGUCUAGUAGUGCUCCAUCAACCGAUAGUACUGAAACUGGUGCUGUAGUGACGGAUGCUGGAUCAAUGAUUGCUAUUUCAACUAGUGGCACAUCAACCGAUACAGAUUCUGCUGGUGUCGGGUCCAUUACUGUCGGCGAAGAUAGCGGAUCAACUAGUGUUUCCAAUGGAGGAUCUCAACCUACUGAUGCUAGUGUUGGAUCUACUGGAGAUGAGGCAACAACACGUGCAGAUAUAACAUCAAGUGCUGGGUCAACUACUGACAUUGAUAAAACAAGUGCAUCUGGUACGGAAUUGAUUGGUGGUCCUGCAAAUACUCCGGGUGCUGAAUCGUCUGCUGGUUCUGAAAAUACAGCAGGUACUGUUAGUAACUCAGAGCCUGAAUCAACCCCAUACUUGAACCCCACAUCAAGCAAAGGUCCAUCUUCUGAUGAAGGUAAUAACAAUGAUACUGGAUCUACUUCUGGCGAAAGUGAUAGCAAUGGUACUGGAUCAACUUCAGGUCAAGCUGGCGGUGAUUAUGAGAGUUCAGGAUCCAAUGAUAAAGAUGGAAGUCAAUUGGGCAAUGAUGCAGGAGAUGAAUCAUCGUCAAGUACAACAUUGACAACAACAUUAGUGUCAACAAUGGCAUCAUCUGGUCCAGGUCAUCAAGGUGGUCAAGGUGGUCAAGGUGGUCAAGGUAAUGUUGAUGCUGGCUCCGGUAGUGGUGGUUUCAGUGGUGUUGGUGAUGAUGUUGUUGCUACAAUUGAAACAUACUCCGCAGCUGGUGCAGCCAUUGAAUACUCAAUUGCAACUACAUUGAUUGGUCUUGCUGCUGCAAUCUUGUUGUAA